AUGUCUCAGGAGCCAUUGCCAGCUCACGUGCCAGUAGUAACAUAUGACUUGCAUACAGCAGAGACCAAAACGGCAUCAUGUGCCAUUUCACCUCAGAUGGAAUUAUCUCCUUUUUACUUGCUCACUGUAAGAAUAAUACGAAUGAGAAAUCUCCGUCGAGCAGAUGCGUUAAGUCAUUCUGAUUGCUAUGUCAGCCUAUGGUUACCAACAGCUGCAUGUGAAAAGAUUCAUACCAAAGCUGUCAAUGACUGCAAGAACCCAGUGUGGAAUGAAACCUUCUUCUUCAGGAUCCAGAGUCAGAUCAAGAACGUGCUGGAACUCAGUGUCUAUGAUGAGGACGUUGUUACCCCAGACGAUCACCUCCUCACUGUAUGCUUUGAUGUAGCUAAGCUUCCACUUGAAGAAAGAGUUCUUAUGUACUUUAAGACAGAUCCAAAGGCACAGGAGGAACUAGAGGUAGAAUUUACCUUGGAGACCACUUCAGUACCUCCAGAAGCCAUCAUUACUAAUGGAACACUAGUGUCUCGUGCACUUUGCUGUUUGGAAGUUCAGGUGAAUGAGAAAAAGCAACCUAAAUCAAAGAAAGACCUCUCCUUUACAGUGAAAGGUUCCUAUGAAGGAACACAGGAUCUUACAUUGGGCCCCAAUGCCAUGAUUAGCCCUUCAAAUCCUACCAAGUUCCACUACAUCAAGUGUAUGGAGCCAACACUGAAUGUUAUGCUCCCGAAGAAGAAACAUUAUAAUGCUCGUACUUGUACCUACACUGUAAACAAGGGCUCCCCAAUUGUGAUGCUGAAUUCACUUCCCAUGGGAGAGAGAGUAACAGUAGCAGAGGAGAAAAGAUUUGAUUUGAAUGUGAAGGCAGAAGACUGUUAUUGUUCCUGCCCAGAAGACCUAGACGUGCGCUUAGGGUAUGACCUGUGUGCAGAGGAGAAGGAUUUCCUGUGUAAAAGAAAGAAGUAUGUUGCUGCUGCCCUGAAAAACGUUCUCCAGCUAGAGGAGGACUUGCAGGAUCAUGAGAUUCCAGUGGUGGCUAUCAUGACAACAGGCGGCGGAAUGAGAUCAUUCACAACAACAUAUGGCAGUCUAUUGGGUCUCAAGAAAUUAAAUGUUUUAGACUGUGCAACAUACCUGAGUGGUUUGUCCGGAACAACAUGGACCAUGUCAAACUUGUAUGAAGAUGCUUAUUGGUCGCAGAAGGAUCUAGAUGAGAAAAUCCGUGAAGCCCAGAAAUGUGUGACUAAAUGCAAGAGCAAUUGUUUCUCUAUGGAGCGCAUGAAAUAUUUUAACCAGCAGUUGUGUCAGCGUAAACAAGAGGGAUACAGGACAACAUUUAUAGAUCUGUGGGGGCUGAUCAUUGAGUAUAUUUUGCAUGAUGGGAAAGACAACCAUAAGCUCUCGGACCAGCAGGAAGCAUUGAGUGAGGGUCAGAACCCAUUGCCCAUCUAUGUGGCAAUCGGUGUCCGGGACAAAUAUAGCACUCUAGAUUUCAAAGAAUGGGUUGAGUUCACUCCCUAUGAGGUGGGAUUUCUGAAAUACGGAGCAUUUAUUCGCUCGGAGGAUUUUGGAAGCGAGUUCUUUAUGGGACGUCUGUUAAGGAGGUUCCCUGAAACCCGGAUCUGCUACCUUCAUGGCAUGUGGAGCAGUAUAUUUUCCCUGAACCUGCUAUACAUCUGGAGUUUGUCCAACAGUUCAGAGGACUUCUGGCACAGGUGGACUCAAGAUAGAAUAAUUGAUAUCGAGGAAGAGCCUAUGUUACCUACAAGGCCGCAUGAGAUGCAUAGUCACGUGUUAAUUCCUUCAGGCCCUUUUUCCAGUGCUAUUCGAGAUACUUUAACAGAUCGUCUAUCAGUUGCUCAAUAUCACAAUUUCCUAAAGGGCUUCCAGAUGCACAAUGACUACCUCGGGAAUGAGAAUUUUUUUAGAUGGAAAGAUACUGUGUUAGACGCUUCUCCCAAUCAACUGAGCCAACAACCAGAUCUCCUGGGCAUGGUAGAUGCUGGAUUUUUCAUCAAUACCAGCUGCUUACCACUUUUAAGGCCAGAGAGGAAAGUGGAUGUCAUCCUGCAUUUAAGUUACAGUGCAGGAUCACAGACAUUGCCUCUGGACCAGGCCUGUAAGUACUAUGCAGAGCAGAAAAUCCCAUUCCCCAAAGUUUUCCUGAGCGAGGAAGACAGGAAAAAUCUAAAGGAAUGUUACCUGUUUCAAGAUUCAGAAACACCAGGAAGCCCUAUUGUGGUGUUUUUCCCACUUGUGAAUGACACCUUCCGAUAUUAUAAAGCACCUGGUGUGAUACGCUGCAACUCAGAGAUGGAAGAGGGCAAAGUUGAUGUUACAAGUUCAUUUUCCCCAUAUAAUACAUACUCAGUCCAAUACACUGAUGAGAACUACCACCGACUGCUGAAUCUAAGUGAAUACAACAUCUUGAAUAACGCACACCUGAUUCUGCAGGCCUUGCAUACAAGCAUCGAACGGAAAAGACAACAUAAGAAAUAGACAUAAUCCAAAAUGCCUGUAUCUUCUGAGUUGAAUUUUUUUUGUAUUUCCCAGCACAUAGAAGGACCAAUUUUUUCUGAUGAUUGGUUAUUAUGCACCAUACAAGCUACUUAAUCUGGCUACCUCUGUGGAUUCUCUUUCCCCUCUGUGAAAUAGAUGACUUAGAUGAUGAAUUUUGGUUAUCUAUGAAGACUUUAUUGAUACUUUGUUUCCUAACUAAUUUAAUUGCAGCAAAACUGUUUGAGGAAUAUUUUAAAAUUAUUCCAGAAAUCUAAUAAUGAUGUUUGUAAAUUGAAUGUAGUAUAAUUUAUGGCAUGUGGAAAAUAUAUUUUAAACCUUUUAAAAUGCAAAAGUAAACCAGACAAUUUAGGUGCCAUCACUGGGGGUGAGGAAUGGGAUAGGUUGAAUGAACGGUUUCUGCCCUUAUAACUUUCCUUCCCCUAGUGAAGAAGUCCACACCCGACUCUGCUGAGCCAAUGAGGAAAACAUGAGAUGCUCCUUUUCCUAUUUCAGAAUUCCCUCCCACUGCUGCUAGUCACAGAUUUUGAAGUUACACUGAAGCCAGGAGCAGGCCCCUGGAAGCAUUUAAGCAGAAGACAUGCACUCAGAAGUGGAGCAUAUAUACUGCAUAAAGUAAAGUAGCCACAAUAUGUAGGUGGCAUUUGAUCCCUGAUACUACUUUGUUUCAAAAACAGCAAGGACAAAUGCCCCACACAGUCAUACAAACAGGGCAGUGAAUGGCUUCUAAUGGUGUAAUGAGCCCUCAUAGACUUGCUUGAAUCAGACACAUAGGUAGAGUAGCAUCUUACAGAGUAAAACUCUGUUCCUGCUUCACCCUACUGGUAGCUUGUGGUGGGCAGCACCUGCAAAAAGAGUGGUGUUAGCAGACCUAUAUGUGGAACCAAGUCCCCACAACACUGAAAGGGCUCACCAGGGGGUUGCAUUAAAAAAAAUCUUUUUCCUUAACAAAAAAAAAAGUCUCUUUCUACUACUGUGAAAGCACCUGGUGUUAGCUGUAAAAUGACAAACAUACUGUAGCAGUUGUUGCAUUCCAAAAACAAACUAUGUUGACAGUAAUUCCCAUUUUACCGAUAAACUUUGUGUCUUGAUGCUGCAAGUCUACAGCUCAGGGCCCAGACAUCGCUUACUAAGAAUUCAGAGUUGUGAUCAAAUGUGUGGUUUUUGUUCUUUUCUGCAAUACUUGCUAUAGUAAGAUCACAAGCUUUAAUCUGAAAUAGGGUGCUGUGUGAAUGCCACAUCAGCAGCAGAAAUACCAUGCAUUUGAACUUCCAGUCUCUGUUGUGAAGGAAAUGACUGGUUGUUUUUAGCCAUAAUACUUGUGUCAUCACCAUUUGGGAUGAAAUGUUAGUUAUAAGCAAUAUUUCAUGUUUUUGUAUGUUGCACAAUAAAGGGUUGUUUGCAAAAAGUAAAAUCAGUCUCUGCUGAUAUAUUCAACUGAUACA